AUGACGACCGAAUACCAUGACAACGAGAGCGAAUACGACAACAAAGCCCUCUGGACCAAAGACCCUCCCAGUGGGUCUCUGCUGGUUCCCAGUCGGCCUGGAUGGAGGAGCUGGUUGCUUCCUGCUGUGACGGCUGCAGUCAUCCUGAUACUGAUCAUUGCAUUUGGAGUCGCUAACACAAAGACCUCCAACAGUGUGUGGUCUGUAGAGCAGAGUGUUACCAACCUGACGGCCGUCGUCCAAUCACUGAGCACCUCCAUGCAGCAAGUGAAGGAUACUGCUAAGGAAGUGAGGCGCCUGCAGUUUGCUGUGGAGACCAACAACGACCAGCUGAGCUCAGUCUCUGAGGCGUUGAAGCAGCUGUCUCACCUGGACUCUCUGACUAAAACUGUGGCUUCACUCAAAUGUGAAGUGGAACGCAUCAUCAACAACGGCACCAUGGCAGAAGGCUGCUGUCCUCUGGACUGGCUCUACUUCUCGUCCAGCUGUUACUUCUUCAGUAAGACGGCUCUGUCCUGGGACAACGCCCGGGACUGGUGCUCCGACCGGAACGGCCACCUGGUGAUCAUGCACACUGAGGAGGAGUGGGAGUUUGUGACCCGUCACAGCAUGCCGACGUUUUACUGGAUCGGUCUGACGGACGAGAGGACGGGGAAGUGGGAGUGGGUCAACCAGACGCCCUACGUCAUGAACAGCAGGCACUGGAAGCCCGGCCAGCCGGACAGCUGGACCGGCCACGGGAUGGGACACGGGGACGAGGACUGCGCUCAUCUCCAUAGCGACGGUCGCCUUAACGACCUGCACUGCACUCCAGAAUGCGUUUCGUGUGUCAGUCACACAGCCAGCGCAGCAGCUAGACGCACGCACACACACACACACACACACACACACACACACACACACACACCAGCCCGCCGUCACAUGAUCACACGGCAGCCACUGAAACGUCUUCAUUGUUCAAAUCCAGUCGACAGAAUUUAACAAUUAAAUCUUUGCUUUAACGAGUUCAG